CACGGCGCCUCGGAUCUCAGUGUGAGCUGUCGUCACCGCGGUCCGCAGCCUGUUCUCUACCCUGCUGAGAUCACUGCAGUUGCUGACAAUGUCAUCCAGCGUCACGACCUCUGUUAUCACCUUCAGUGAGAAACAGCCCAUGGCAGAUCCCAGCCUGGAGAUGGUCCAAUUUGGACGCUUACACAGAAAGACGAGUGUGGUGAACUACAUAUACCUGUCUGGACACGCUUCCCCCGCUGACUGCUCCUGUGCCUCCUCCCACAGACCCCGUGUGGUGAACUACAUAUACCUGUCUGGACACGCUUCCCCCGCUGACUGCUCCUGUGCCUCCUCCCACAGACCCCGUGUGGUGAACUACAUAUACCUGUCUGGACACGCUUCCCCCGCUGACUGCUCCUGUGCCUCCUCCCACAGACCCCGUGUGGUGAACUACAUAUACCUGUCUGGACACGCUUCCCCCGCUGACUGCUCCUGUGCCUCCUCCCACAGACCCCGUGUGGUGAACUACAUAUACCUGUCUGGACACGCUUCCCCCGCUGACUGCUCCUGUGCCUCCUCCCACAGACCCCGUGUGGUGAACUACAUAUACCUGUCUGGACACGCUUCCCCCGCUGACUGCUCCUGUGCCUCCUCCCACAGACCCCGUGUGGUGAACUACAUAUACCUGUCUGGACACGCUUCCCCCGCUGACUGCUCCUGUGCCUCCUCCCACAGACCCCGUGUGGUGAACUACAUAUACCUGUCUGGACACGCUUCCCCCGCUGACUGCUCCUGUGCCUCCUCCCACAGAGCCCAGUAUAAAGACAAUUGGAGGCACUGCUCCCCCCUCAGUCUCCAGGAUGUUGUGUGAUGGUCUCUUGCUGCUGACUGCUCUCUUCCAGCGAA